UAGUGAGAUGGACUCCCUCAGUUCAAUUGAAGCUGAGUACAUAAAGAAUUUGCAAAAACAAAUCUGCUUACUAGAAUAAAUGGAUCUUUCAAACAUCAUAAACAUUGUUCCUUAAUCAUGCAUCAUGAACUAGAGAGCAGGCUAAGAAUGCUACACAUAUCCCACCUAAAGUUACCAGAAAAGCUGAAAAGUUAUUGCAGACAAUGAAGGAACUGGAAGCUACCAUAAAUACAACAGAAAUAGAUAUAGCAAAGAAAGAAAGCAGCACGAAGCUCUAUGAAGCUGAAACUCAAGCAAUACACAAGCGUCUUCAAAUACUGUCUGAUGCAAGUGUUAAAGAAAAGCUGCUAUUAAUGGAGGAGGUUACAAAACUGAAGAAAAUGGUUGAACGCUCUACCCAGGAUAUUUCACACGGAGAAGCAGAUCUGCUAAAAAUUCAGAGAGAAGUACAAGCGACUGUGAAUUCAGUAAAAGGAAAAGAACAUGCUAUCUGUCUUUUGGAAUCACAAUGCCAGCAGCAGAUUUGGCGGCACCAGGACAUGGAAAAAAACCUUUCCGAACACAGAUCAGAGUGCACACAACUGCAGGCAUUGCUCUAUCACCUGGAAAAUAAAUUCUUGACAAGCUUCCAAUCUUCACAACAGUCUACUACUAAGGAACUUAGUGAGGAAGCUGAAAAAUUAAGGCUGAUCCUCAAGGAAAAUGAGCUUUCAGCUGAUGAAGAUAACUAUUUGCUCAACAAGAUGGCAGAAGAUUGUAGACAUCUGACAAAGGAGAAUAGCCUUUUAGAAGCUCAAAUACAGAAAGUUACCAAGCAUCUAAACCAGGAAAGGCAGCUGAGAGAGGAGGAGACUUCUUUCUAUUCAAGAACGGUGUCUGAACUAGCAUUAGGAAGAGAGAAAGAACGGCAACUUAAGCUGGAACUCACCUACUUGAAGACUCUGUUACAGAACCUAAGACGGAAGGUUCUUAAAGCCCAGGAACAGGUACUUCAUCUACAAGAAAGGAAAUCUGUGGAUCACAAAGGGCAACAUCUUCAAACAGAACUAAUUGAUUUAGAAAAUCAACACACCAAAAUGCAACUGGAAAAUUCUAAACUGAGAACAGAGAAAAACCAUUGGGUGGAACAUAUUUCUCAAAUACACAAACAGAUUGCUGAAAACAAGGAAAUCAGUUUUUUGCAUAGCCAUGUUUACAGCUUGGCCUCUGAUCUCAACAACUUGAAAUCUGAAGUCAAUAUGACCUCUAUUCCUCAGAAGGAAAAAGGGAAAGAGAUCUCCAGCAUAUUAACAGCAAACUGUACUUCAAUAAACUAAUGAGUUGGAAAGCAAUUAAUUUGCUCUUAUAUAAAGAUCAUGCUUUUAAAAAUUCCUUUAAAUCAAGAAGUUGUAUUUG